UGCUAUUUAAAACUUACCUUUAUGAUUGUCACAGGAGGAAACAAGCUGAAGAAUCAGCACUUUCGUCUGAACUGGGCCUGGAUUUCAAUAGAAAAGGAGUACUAUGUGGUGAAUGAAGAUGCCAAACAUUUAGAGAUCAUCUUGAGGCGUAGAGGAUACCUGGGAGAAACCUCAUUUGUUAGUAUUGGUACCAUGGAUGGCACAGCAGAAAAAGACAAAGACUUCAGAGGGAAGGCUCAGAAACAAGUCCAGUUUAAUCCAGGUCAGACCACAGCAACCUGGAGAGUGCGCAUCCUAACUGACGGAGAGUAUGAACAAUCUGAAACCUUCCAGAUCGCUCUGUCAGAGCCUGUCAUGGCGGCCUUGGAGUUUCCAGAAAUUACAACA